AUGGAAGCAUAUCUAGAUGCUAACGAUGUGUGGGAAGCGGUAGAAGAGGACUACGAAGUGUCUCCCUUGCCAGAUAAUCCUACGGUUUCUCAAAUGAAAAAUCACAAAGAAAGGAGGCUUCGAAAAUCCAAAGCCAAAUCAAUUUUGUUCACAGCCGUAUCUCUAGUCAUUUUCAAUAGAAUAAUGACGUUGAAAACGACAUAUGAAAUUUGGAAGUUUAUGAAGGAAGAGUAUGAAGGAAGUGAGAGAAUCAAAGGAAUGCAAGCUUUGAAUCUGGUUCGAGAACUUGAUAUGCAAAGGAUGAAAGAUUCGGAGACAAUCAAAGAUUAUGCAGACAAGCUUCUCGGCAUUGCAAAUAAAAUACGGCUUCUUGGCACUGAUAUUCCUGAUUCUCGAAUUGUUCAAAAAAUACUUGUAACAAUUCCAGAAAGAUAUGAAGCCACAUUAACUUCCUUGUAG